UCGUAAGGUGAACUCGCUAAGAAAUAGAAAUUAAAUAGUUGAACUGUUUGUUACAGGCAUUAAAUGUCUCGCUAUCUGAGGACGUGAUUCUGUUGAAUUGUGAAGUUCAGUCCUUUUUUGGGAUUUAUUGCGAUUUUUCCUAGCUGCAUAAUAUAAAAAAAAAUAUUGUGCUAGUAUCAGCUAAAGGUGGAAAAAUGGAAAUAGAAUUAAAUUCCAUGCAUAGAGGGGAACGAAUUUCCGUUAACGAGUUAGAAGUUGAACAGUUGGUCAAAGAAACGACACGCAGAGUAUUAAAGGAGUACUGUAACAAUACAACAAUUCAUGGAUGUAAAUACCUUACUGCACCAAAACGGCACUGGACUGAAAGAUUUUUGUGGACUAUAGUUUUUGUCGUGUUAAUUGGUCUAUGCGGGUUUUCUAUCUUCAAUACCUGGUCUCAAUGGAAUAAUAAUCCAGUCAAAAUGAGCAUAGGCGGUGAAGAGUCAUUAAUUUCGGAGAUCCCAUUCCCAACAGUAACUGUUUGUUCGGAAACUAAAGCUCUCAAAAGCUUCCUAACUGGAACUUUCAAUUCAUGUCUCUUGGACAGAGAAAAACUUGAUGAUAUUCAGUGGACUCGAUGCGUCGCUGUACAGCAUUUGUGCAGUCGCCUACCUAAUGAGUUCGAGGACGAAAAUGCAAACGAAUCCAUUUUCAAAGAUAUUGAGGAUAUGGCACCUAGUAUGCUGGAGUCGGAUUCUUGGGACCAUGGAUGGAGUGGUACGGGUUCAUUAAAUAUCGAAACUAUGACUGAUGUGUUAACGGAAGAAGGAAUGUGUCACUCCUUCAAUACUCUGAACUCACAUGAAAUUUAUACGAAUGAAAUGGCUCCUGGAAUGAUGAUUGUAACAGGUAUUACAAGUAUAUCCAACUGGAAUCCAGAUAAUGGAUAUGAUGAAAGUGAUUUCGAUAGUUGGAAAUAUCCGAUACGAACGUAUUUAGCUGGACACGUUAAUGCAUUGUGAUUGGUACUUAGGCUACCGGAUGAAAGCAGAGGAUAUUCAUGUUAUGGUAGUCAUGUGUCCGGUUUCAAUAUAUUUCUACAUGCUCCUGGAGAAACUAUCAGGUCGUCAUCUGUAUUGUUCCGAGUGCCAUCUUCACAAGAGGUAACUAUUUCCGUCAAACCAAAGUUGACGAAGACUGCUGAAAGUCUUACGAGCUAUACACCUGAGCAACGGCGAUGUUUCUACAAUUGGGAACGUCGACUCAAGUUCUUCAAGAUCUACUCACAAAGAAAUUGUGAAUCCGAAUGUUCAGCGGAAUACGUAUUGAAGAUGUGCGACUGUGUAAAAUUUUCUAUGCCGAGAAGCAACACAACUAAAAUCUGUGGAACAGCAAAGAUCGAUUGUUAUAUCCGGCACGAAAUGGUCUUAUUCGGAGAUGGUGCAGAAUUCAUUAAUAUUGAUGCUAAUGCUUCGUUGCAUCGUCGAUCAUGUAAUUGUUUACCGUCUUGCCUUUCCAUUGCAUACGAUGCCGAGAUGGACCGAUUGAAUGUCGACGAUUCAAAAUCGCUAUUGUUUGGACCGAUCCAGUUUGAUGAAAUAGAGUACGGUGAUGUCAGCAUAGAAAUGAUGUAAUAAAUCCGCCCGUCUUUUCUUUUUCAAACCAUAACAGAGAACAUUCAACAUUUGUGUCGGUUUUCUUUCGGGAUCAGUAUGUGGAAACAGUUAUACGAGAGGAGCAAGGAACGCUUUACGAUUUUUUAGCGGAUUGCGGCGGUUUACUCGGCGGCUUUAUGGGCAUCUCAGCAUUGAGCAUUAUUGAAAUUAUUUAUUACGCAACGUUUCGAUUGUUCUGGUCGUCCAAUCAGAAGGGCAACAGGUUGGGAAGCAUUCCAGUAGUGAACACUUCUGCUGACGUAGCGUUUGACAGCAUUUCCAUCAGUACUGGAAACAUUCCUGUAGUGAACACUCCUCCUGAAUUAGCUAACAGCAGCAUUUCCAUCGAGAUACCAUAUUCCGAUUGAAUAAUAAUCAUUUAAAAUACACUUUCAUCUCCAAUUUGAAAUAAUUCUUAGGCUAAAAGUAUUGGGUCAUGGUCUACUCGAGAAUAUAUUUUCUUGGAUUUUCCCGAAUUUUCUUGAAAUUUUAAGAAAAUAUUUCCCCGAAUGUAGGUCCUGAUAAUGAUUGAGUUUGAGUGGCCUAAUAGAAUAUAUGUAAUUUCACUCAAACUCCCGCUUCAAUUGUAUUCUAAUAUGUGUAAAUUAUGAAAAUAAAA